AUGAGUGGGAUUAGCUUCAAAAGCCUCACAUUCAUGCUUCUAGUCGCCUUCCUCGUUUGGUCGUCGAAUUUCGAGGCUUGCAUGGGCAGAAGAGGAAGGCAUUGGAGGCACAGCAGAGUUGGCUCGUCUUCUCUUACAAAGAAAAAAGGGAAAACAUCUCAUAGUGGUGGUAGCAGCAGUCACCACCAUAACAGCGGUAGCAGACCAACUCCACCCCAUAACAAGGCACCAUUGCCGGCCCCGGUCCCCAAGCCGAAGGCACCAACUCCACCCCAUAACAAGACGCCAUUGCCGGCCCCGGUCCCCAAGCCGAGGGACGACGAUCAAGCUUACACCUAUAAUGUGCUGGAUUUUGGUGCUAAGGGUGAUGGCAGCUCCGAUGACACAAAGGCAUUCCAAGGUGCAUGGGCUGCCGCCUGUAAGGUUGAGGCAUCAAAGAUCAUCGUUCCGGCCGAUUACCAGUUUCUCGUGGGCCCCAUCUCAUUCUCCGGCCCAUACUGCCAACCUAACAUCUUAUUUCAGCUUGAUGGCACAAUAGUAGCUCCAUCAGACACCAAAUGGGGCAAAGGUCUGUUUCAAUGGCUCGAAUUCACUAAGCUAAGAGGGAUAACAGUUCAGGGGAAGGGUGUGAUCGACGGAAGAGGCUCGCCUUGGUGGCAAGAUACUCCCUACGGAGACCCUUAUGAUGAUGAACUAAAACUCAUUAUACCACUAAACAGCACACACCCGCCAUUGAUACCGAUAAGGAAUGAGCUAAAUGGCAAAAUUUCAGGCAUGAAACCAACAGCACUAAGGUUUUACGGGAGUUAUAACGUGACCGUCACAGGCAUCACGAUUCAGAAUAGCCCCCAAUGCCAUCUCAAGUUUGACAACUGCGAUGGAGUCUUGGUGCACGAUAUGUCUGUCUCGUCUCCUGGUGACAGUCCUAAUACUGAUGGGAUUCACCUACAGAAUUCCAAAGAUGUGCUCAUCCAUAGCUCCACUCUUGCUUGCGGAGAUGACUGUAUUUCAAUACAAACUGGAUGCUCAAAUGUAUACGUACACAACGUGAACUGUGGACCAGGGCAUGGAAUCAGCAUCGGCAGUUUGGGGAAGGACAACACCAAGGCCUGUGUGUCAAACAUCACCGUCCGAGACAUUGUCAUGCACAAUACAAUGAACGGUGUAAGAGUCAAGACAUGGCAGGGUGGAUCAGGGUCAGUUCAGGGAGUCCUAUUCUCAAACAUCCAAGUGAAUGAAGUUCAACUUCCUAUUGUAAUAGACCAGUUCUACUGCGACAAAAGCACCUGCAGAAACCAAUCAUCAGCCGUGGCGCUCUCUGGAAUCACCUACGAGAGAAUCCGAGGGACAUACACAGUCAAGCCAGUACAUUUCGCCUGCAGCGACAGCCUACCCUGCGUAGACGUGACACUAAACGGCAUACAGCUGAAACCAGUACAACAACGCUACCACAUGUAUGAUCCCUUCUGCUGGCAGACAUUCGGGGAGUUAAGGACCCCGACGCUGCCACCAAUCUCGUGUUUACAAAUUGGCAAGCCGGCAAACAACAAGGUCAAUUCAGAUCAUGAUGCCUGUGACCUUUAGUGCUUUAGCGGUAUAGAGAUAUAAGAGAUUCUGAUGGUGCAUUCAUUCUGUGUGGUCGGCAUGAUUUGUUGCUGACCCCUUUCACACCGAUCAGUGAUGGAUAUAAUAGUGUGUGUAUAAUUUGGCACUCCUAGUUUAUAGGGAUUCUUCUUUGUUAGGGUCUGUGUGAUUAAAAAGAGUUACCACGAUAAAGGCAUGUUCUUGACAACUUCUAUAAUAUCAGAUGCAAGCAAAAUGCAAUUGAUUUAUUAAAGCAGUAAUAAUAGUUCUUGAACAAUAGAGCAGC